AUUAAUCAAGAGACUUGCAUUGGUGGGUAAAGAGUUGGUGAAUCAAUGAAAAUAAAAAAAAAAAAAGCUAAGGGCAGAUUAGUAAGUAAACACAAAUUGUAUUAUGUACAGCUUGUCCAGCAUGAUGCCAACCGCGUUCAGUACAGCCGUGUCCUUCAUAAUUCAUAUUGUAAACUUGUCGAUGGUUAAAACUACUAUAUCUCUGUCUCUUUCUCAUCCACACUACGCGUCCAACACUCCUGAAACACACAUCCAUAUAUGUAUAUAAAGAGCAACCACUUUCUAUCAUCACAUCAGCAUUAAGCAUCUUCGGAAAAAAAUCAUACUACACUCCUCCUCUACGUUGGUGUUCCAGCUAACAUCAAUUCAGUUCAAAGCAUACUUGGCAUUUAGUUCAGAGAAAACAAACAUCAUGGCAUUGAAGAACCGUGGGGUUGGCCAGAGGGCAUGGAACCUCCUACGGCUCUCAUUGCUGUGGGCACGUAAAGGCGGCGUGUUCAGGCGACGGCUCGCGACUGAGCUUCGUUUGGUACCUAAGUACUUGAAGCGCCUCGGCCACACAACACCACAGAACCAAAUUAAUUACUACUUUGAGCGCGAGCUCUCAUUCGACAAGACCCCGAUCUUCCAUGUCAAGAUGUACCGGCCAUCCUCCAUGCGCUUCAACUUGCCUCACAUUCCCUGUAUAAACCCACAUGUUGAUUUUGACUAUGACUUUGAGGAUGAUAAUGACAAUAUUGUUGAGUAUGACAAUGGGAGAAAGAGUAUUGUCCUUGUGAAUGCAGAAGACCAUGGCCAAGACAUUGCUUUCAGUGAAGAAGACCAAGAAGAAGAUGAACAAGGGAUAGAUAAGCAAGCGGAUGAGUUCAUUGCUAGAUUCUAUCAGCAAAUGAAGCUGCAGCGCCAGAUUUCUCUUCUACAAUACACUGAAACACCCACGAGAGACACAAAUUGAACAUGCUUAUACAUUCAACAUUCAAAGCGCAGAUUCACCUUCUUUUCUAAUUUCCUGAGAUCAACUUCCAUUUUCUUCUCUUAUGAGUUUUGAUGCUGCAGUCCACAUAGAUUUUUUGCUUCAUGAAAAAAAAAUCAAAAAUAGAGAGAAAGAGAUGCAUUCUGUAUUUACUGCGGGAAGUCGUAAAUACUAGGAGCUAUCCUUGAGUUCUAUCUAGUAUUUACAAAAAAAUUUAUACUUAUCAUUUCAAUAAAUAUUACAGGGUUAAUAUUGUUGAGUUCAAUAAAAAAAAAGUUUUUUUUGUUGUUAAAUUUUCAAUAAAAGAAUAUGCAACUAUUUUACAAGUUA